UGGUACAUACGCGAGUUUAGUCGGGUUGUCUGCCUUGCGUUGUGCAUAAUACACACACACAGUGAGUUCAGUUCCCCGCCCAUCAGCCAGACGCUUUUUAUUUCCUGCUGGGUGGGUGCCGAGCACGAAAUGCAGGCUAUCAAGUGUGUCGUCGUCGGCGACGGUGCCGUCGGUAAAACAUGCCUUCUCAUCAGUUACACCACAAAUGCCUUUCCAGGAGAAUACAUCCCCACAGUAUUCGACAACUACUCUGCCAAUGUUAUGGUGGAUGGAAAACCAAUCAAUCUUGGAUUGUGGGACACGGCAGGUCAAGAAGAUUACGACAGGCUACGACCACUUUCCUACCCACAGACUGAUGUUUUCCUUAUUUGUUUCUCGUUGGUGAACCCAGCGUCUUUUGAAAACGUUAGAGCAAAGUGGUACCCAGAGGUGAGGCAUCACUGUCCCAGCACCCCCAUCAUUCUUGUGGGAACCAAGCUGGAUUUGAGGGAAGACAAAGAAACCAUCGAGAAGUUAAAAGACAAGAAACUUGCCCCUAUCACAUACCCGCAGGCCUUGUCGAUGGCCAAGGAAAUUGGUGCAGUGAAAUACCUGGAGUGCAGCGCCCUGACACAGAAGGGACUGAAGACGGUGUUUGACGAAGCGAUCCGCGCAGUGCUGUGCCCGGUCAUGCCAGUGAAGCCGAAGAGGAGAUGUGCCCUGCUGUAAGGGUGUCUGCCAACAAGUGCCACGUCCCCUCCUCACAUAUCGAGUUAUAAAAUCACUGCAAGAAUGGACAGCAUGCCUUUGCCUUCACUCGCAUGCGACGGCAAGUUAACAAAUAACGCAAGAGUUUUUAAUUGAGGAAAAAAUAAACGCAGAGAAUAAGAGUUAAAAAAAUCUAAUUAAAGAAAUGGUGCCGAAACACCCACUCUCUAUGUAUGUGAUGCUGAUGUUCAAGUGAAAAAUAAUUAACUGAAGUAAGUGCGCGGCUCCUCUCCUUGGCAAGAGCGAAUAUUUUAUUUCUCUAGUUUUGAUGGGACCAAUUCUCAUUGAGUUCUGCUCCGCUAGACGGGACGAUUGUCCAGAAUUGUCUCUGCCAUCAAAUGGUCUCCAUGGUUGAAAAAAUGCACGCCUCUCUUGCCAAGGAGAAGCUGUGAUAAUUUUUUUUU